AUGUCAGGCCCGUUCACAAACGUGUCCUACUCGAUGCCCUUGGCCGUUCCGGGAAAAGGCAACCAGCUGCCCCCGUCUUACAGCCACUACUCCAUGUCUCCCCCAGAAUGCGACGACUCCGUCAGCUCAACAUCAGGCCUCCCGUCCUACAGCAGUCCCGGCCUCUCUGGCUCCUCGGCCAGCUAUCUGGGCAGCUCGCAGGACUUUGAGAGCGCCCACUCCGCCAGCGGCAUUGACAUCCAGGAGUACAUGCAGGAUCGCCUCUCCAACUCGUUCAAUCCUAUUCCGCUGGACCGCAGCAUGGCGGUCCAAGCGCAAACCUCUGGCAAGCUCAACGCAAAGCACCGAGAGCUCGUCGAACUGCAAAAGCAGGCACAAGCACGCCUCGCCAAGACGAGAGAACGAUUCCACGAGGGAAUGCGAGAUGCGCGCGAGGUGCGGGGCGACUUGGAAUGGGUGCAGAAAAAAGUGUCGUCAUUACAAGCCAAAGCUGCUCGCAAGCACCCCAAGGAGUAUCGCAAGGCUCGUGAGCGUUUCCCUUCUCCCGAGUACUAA